GGGCUGUCUUGUACCACCAUACCUUCAAAGUCUUCGGUCGAUCCCCGUCUCAGUUUGCAUUUGCAUCUCGACUUGUUGCUGCACUUUUUUUUUGUUCUUUAUAGCAUCAUAAACCUGUGCUCUCUGAUAUACUUACCCGUCAAAGUCCUCGAUAACUUGUUGUUCUUUGUCUCAAUUGCCAAUAUCGCCCAUCUGUGCUCUACAAACCGAUUUUUCGUUUCUUUGUGCAAUGACGACACUUUUUGGAAGCGUAGAUUGGAAGCGUAUUUCAACUUUUCCGACGAAAAGACUGCUCGUACUGGAUAGAAAUCUAUAUACAAAGGCUUAAGCAACCCUAGGGUCUUUGUAUGGGGGUGAGCACACCGCCUUUUUCUCCUUGACUUCGCCGCUGCAUACGGCGUAAACGACGAGAGGUGACGCGCUGCUAUUCGUCAGCGGAGAGAAAGAGGACCGAACCACUCACAGGCUGAACAGGCUGGUCGCGUCAUCCCCCGGUUCGCGCUCUGAGUACCUCCCCAGUUGCCCAACUCCACUGUAACGGCAUCUCCCACCAACUCGCCCACUGUUGCGAUGACUAUUCAUCGAACUGACGAGUCUUUGGCGGAGUCAAAUAGCACUCGCCACUCGCAGCCCCAGCCUACAUCUGCUGAUCUUCCCGCUAGUGAAUACUACGUCGACGAUGUCUUGGUCCGCUUUUGGUGGAGGCUGACUGCGCUAAACGAGAGGAAAGGUGGUGCAAUAACCGGGAAAUGUAGCAUAUGUGACAAUGUGGCAACAAUCCAGCAACAACCGUUCGGACUGAUGAGUCCGAACCUUUAUACCUUCUUUGGCUGCUUGUUCUGACGGUUCAGUCCUGAUUUCAUCCUUUCCUUGUGCUACUCCCCGCACUAGUUAUCACUUACCAUCACCUCAACUGGACAUAAUACCCGAUUAUCAGGCCCUCUCCUUUUUCCUAUAAGUAGUUGAUAGUCCUGUGAGUAAAGUUCAGCAUUCUUGAAUAAACUACUAUUUUUAUUUCUCGUUCGCUCUGAGAGCUCUCUCCCCAAUAACGCCACACUCGCCUUCGAACGAGUCAUGCACACUUCGGGAACAAAUCAGACGUUCUUACUCAGCAUGAUCCAUCUUACUCAGUGGCUACUUUAACGAGUACUUCGUCCGAUGUUAUCAACCACUUGUUGUCAGUCCUUGAGCGAAUUUUAACAUUGUGUGAAUAGUCCCUUCCCAUUAUCAUAUCAUGUCCAAACCAAUCAUUUUCUACGACAUUCCCAGCAAAUUGCCCGGCAAUGCAUGGUCCCCAAACACUUGGAAGACGAGAUAUGCUUUGAAUAUCAAGGGCGUUCCGUAUACAACUGUCUGGGUCGAGUACCCCGAUAUCGAAGCCCUCGCUAUUAAGAUAGGGGCUCUUCCCACAGACUCUAAGGGCGAUGGGAGUCCAUUGUACACUUUGCCCAUAAUUCAGGAUCCCAACACCGGCAAAGUCAUCUCCGACUCUUUCGUUAUUGCCGAGUACCUUGAUGUCACCUACACUGGCAAAAAUACGUUGUUCCCCUCCGGCACUAAGCCUCUGAUCGAAGCUUAUGAGGCUGCUUUGUUAAGCGCUAUUGGUCCCUUCGGACUCAUGCAGCGUGGCCAAAGUUGCGGUGUUCUCAACCCCUCCAGUGAGAAGUAUUUCAGGGAAACAAGGGAGUCAAAAUACGGAAUGAAGAUCGAGGAGUUCUCGCCUGCUGGAGCCAAGCGUGAUGCUGACUUGGCAAAAGGGAAGGAGGGCUUGUCCACUGUUCAUAGGUGGCUGUCGAAGAACGGAGGAGGAAAGUACAUCUUGGGAAACACGGUAUCGUAUGCGGAUGGUAUCACAGGGGGGUGGAUUAACUGGAUCAGAAUCAUCCAAGGGCCUGACAGCGCAGUGUGGAAAAGCUUGGCGAGUCACAAUGGAGGAUUUUGGGGGAAAUAUUUGAGUGAUUUGGAUACAUAUGCAUCUGUACAGUGAAGCGUUGGCAUAAAUACUGUAUUAUAAUGUGUAAAAAGAUAAUAUUUAUGAUCGCAAUAAUGGAGAAGCGCAAUUAUCGAUCAACGUUGGAAGCUUGGAUGAGAGGUAGCCACUGCAAUAGCGGAUAAGACUAGAAACGGCAUUUUAAUCGGGCAAGCCAUCGAGAUCAUCUCGUGCACUACCAUCGCGAGCUGAAUAUCGUGAUCUAUAUGGCCAACUGCCACUUGGACAUUGGCAUGAUAUGAUACGGCUGAGUACGGUAUGUUGAGAUCACAAGGACUGUGCAGUAUGGAUGAGCACAGGUGACAUGUUGUGUUGAGUUAGCCUAUUUGUUUUCCGCCUGGUAAGAAAUGUUUGAGAUCCUGUUGCUGUAGCUUUUUCGGCUGAUAAAAUCGAUAAAAGCAUGUGAAUGUUGUGGAUACCUGUGUGUUGGAAGAGUGU